AUGGAAUCCGCGCUUCAGCUAGCGCUGAGAUCGUCCUGGCAGGCGACAGCCGGGGUCUCAGCCCUCCUCGCCGUCCUGUCUCACCAUGUCGUAUUCCGCCCGUACGAGAUUGACGGCGCUGCCUGGGAGCUCGUCUUUGGCUACAUUGGCUCCUGCGUGGCGCUAUUCUUCCUCUACAUCCUGGUGGCUGGCUACAGCUUCCUCACGGCUGUCGGCCGCACGCUCCUCGUCUCAAGCACCUACAAUGUCACCCUAUUGAUUAGCAUCCUUGUCUACAGGGCCUUCUUCCACCGACUCCGUGGCUUCCCCGGCCCUUUCAAUGCUCGGCUCUCUCGCUUCUACGCCUUCAGCAAGGUCGCCAAGACCGUCCGAGGCUGCGAGGAUGUCCAGAAGCUACACGAGCAAUACGGCGACUUUGUCCGAAUUGGACCCCGCGAAAUAUCCAUCAACCGGCCCGGUGCCAUCCGUCCCAUCUACGAGCCGCCCACGCGAACAACCCGAUCCCCAUGGUACGCCCAGGUAUCUAACGAUGUGACCAAGAUCUCCAUCAACUCGACUCGAGUCCUCAAGGUUCAUAAGCAGCGCAAGAAGGGUUGGGAGAGGGGACUCGGAUCACGAGCCAUGGCCGUUUACGAGCCUCGCGUAGCUUCCAAGGUCGAUUCCUUGCUGGGCCGACUCGCCGCACAUGCUGGCAACCCGAUCGACAUGACCAAGUAUAUCAUGUUCUUUGGCUUUGAUGUGAUGGGUGACAUUGGUCUUUCCAAGGAUUUCCACAUGGUCGAGCGAGAGGUCGAGGACCCCGCUAUCCAGGGUGUCCACGAGAGUAUGUUUGCAAUUGGUGUCUUUGGUACGGUCCCCUGGCUUCUAUCCAUGCUUGGCAAGAUUCCAGGCGCGGCGGGAGGAUACAACAAAUACACCAAGUGGUGCCACGAUGAGCUUCAAGAAAAGCGUCAGAUACUGCUGAGCGAAAUGGCGUCCCUCAAGGAUCAAGAGCCCCGAGACAUCAUGACUUGGCUUCUCAAGGCCAAGGAGCAGGGAGAUCCAUGUGCCCCUCCCGGUGAUCUAGCCAUUGAAGAAGAUGCUCGACUACUCAUCAUUGCCGGCAGCGACACCGUAGCUUCCGCCAUCACCAAUGCCCUGUUUUACCUUACCAAGAACCAGAAUGUCUACAAGACCCUCCAAGCGACUCUUGCAAAGGAAUUCCCCGGAGGUGACAGCGACUGGACCUACGAGAAGGCGCGAAACGUACCUUACCUCGACUGGGUCAUCCAGGAGACUCUCCGUCUGCGCCCUUCCGUACCCGGUGGCCUGGCCCGUGUGACUCCUCCUGAGGGUCUCAUGGUAGACGGCACCUUCAUCCCUGGCGACACUGUGACCUCAGUGCCAACCUACACCAUCCAGCGCGACGAGCGUUACUGGCCCGACGCCCUGUCCUUCAAGCCAGAGCGCUGGGAGGGUCUGUCUACCGAGAAGGCCCCUUGGCUCCCAUUCACCAGGGGCCAGUGGGCUUGUUCCGGCAGGGCGGUCGCCAUGAUGGAGAUGCGCAUGGUGCUCGGCCGUAUUGCGCUUCACUAUGAUCUCUCGUUCCCACCCCCGGUCAAGCCUGAGACUGCCGAGUUCGUCUUCCAGGACACCUUCACCCAGACGCUGCCUCCCCUCCCUCUCGUCUUUACUCCUAGGAAAGACUAA